UGGUAAGACAUCUUCCACCUUUCAAUUUACCCACCAUCAAUGAAGAUCUGAGUCGAACUGAGAAAUGGAAGAUAGAAGUGAGGAGAGGCUCAAGGGAGCAGCGGUAAAAUCCGCCUUGUUUCAUCUUGCAAUAUAAAAAGACUAUUAUAUCAGCGUAGACUGACUCCGCCACUAGGAGAGAGCAAUAUGGUGAAGAAAGAGAGAGAGGUUGAGAAUUUUCUUAUUCAAUUCUUGGAAGGGGUCGAAGCCCAACACGUACAAACGGGUUGUUGGUAGGUCUACUGCUCUCCCCCCAACCAGACUUCCGUAAUAACUCGCUCGCCUAUUUAUGCUUCUCCUUUAUUGCAAGUGAUCACUCGAUUCGUCUAAUUUGUAAGGCGGGAAGGGGUUUGGGGUCUCUCGAUCUAUCUCUCUUGGGUGAGUGCUUUGCGAUCUUCUUAGACUAGAUUCUUGGCUGAUCUGUGAAGAUGAAGGUGAGCGUGGUGUCCAGAAGUGGGAGAGAAAUCAUCAAGGGUGGAGUCGAGCUAUUAGAAUCGGCAACGGUUGAUGAUCUGAAAGCUGCAAUUCAUCACCGAAAUAGAAAAUACUAUCCUUCCAGACAGCGCUUGACACUCCUCCAGAAACCUGGCUCGCAAGGGAGGCCUGUUGUCCUUGACUCCAGGAAGAAAGUCCGUGAUUACUGUGAGGGGGACGGAGAAAAACUAACUGUGGUGUUUAAGGAUUUAGGGCCACAAGUCUUUUACAGCACUCUGUUCUUCUGGGAGUAUCUAGGCCCUCUUGUGAUCUAUCCUAUUUUCUAUUUUGUCCCUGUUUAUGAGUAUUUUGGUUAUAAGGGACCCCGCGUAGUUCAUCCUGUUCAGACCUAUGCUAUGUACUAUUGGUGCUUCCAUUACUUCAAGCGCAUCAUGGAGACGUUCUUUGUUCAUAGGUUCAGCCAUGCAACAUCGCCACUCUCUAAUGUGUUCAGAAACUGUGCUUACUACUGGACUUUUGGCAGUUAUAUAGCUUAUUAUGUGAACCAUCCCCUCUACACUCCCGUUAGUGAGCAGCAAAUGAAAAUUGGCUUUGCAUUUGGGUUGGUCUGCCAGGCUGCAAACUUCUACUGUCAUCUACUGUUAAGGAACCUUAGAAGCCCUGGUGGCAGUGGUGGUUAUCAGAUCCCAAGAGGAUUUUUGUUCAACGUUGUAACCUGUGCUAAUUACACAACUGAGAUCUAUCAGUGGGUCGGGUUCAACAUUGCGACACAGACUGUUGCAGGUUACGUUUUCCUUGUGGUGGCAGCAGCGAUCAUGACCAACUGGGCUCUUGCCAAACAUCGUCGCUUGAAGAAGCUGUUUGAUGGAAAGGACGGAAAACCAAAAUAUCCACGGAGAUGGGUCAUUCUUCCACCAUUCCUGUGAGUCAUUCCUCACACGGAUUCCUGGUGUGGCGAUCAUGGAACAGUCUCUUUUAUUUGUGUUGUUAAUUUUAGGGUGCUGUUGUCGAAGGUUUCAAUUAGUUCCCAUUGUUUUAAGUCGCGCAGAACUGUUUACCCCAACUUAUGGUAAAACUGAUCAUCAAUUUCUGUUGCAUUCAAUUAUGUCUAACAAUCCGAAAUACUUUACAUGGUA